AUGCUGGACGACCUGGCAGCCACCACGGGCAGCGGAUCCCGAAUUGCCGAGCGCAUGAGGAUUGCACGGGAGUUGGGUGACGAAGCCUGGAACCGUGGAGGGGAUGCCAGGCGCCUCCAGCGGCAGUGGUUGGAGCAUCUGCAAGUGGCUAAUCAGGAUGCUUUCGAGCGUGAGGCGGCUCAGCAGGACCGCGCCCAGUCAGCCGCGGAGCGGUGGUCCGACCGCCAGUCCCAGGCGACGUCGGGAACGCAGGCCCCCACCGUCUACUUCGACGACCGCAUCCACUGCUGGAGGUUGUGCGCCGCGAAGGUGCUGGAGGCCGACCUCGGCCCAUCCACCUCGACUGGGACCUCAGAGGAGCCGCUGUGUUGCUCUGCCUCGCCCGUUGAAUGCACCGAGCUCACUCCCACCCCAGCCGCGUGCAACCUCACGGACGAGCACCGAGGAACUCCUAACAUCAUCGAGAUGGCCCAUGAGACUGUGGCACACCCUACCGAGGGCGGGGACGCCAGUGUCGGCAGUGUUGGCGGCCAGUCCACCUGCAGCGGGACUUCGGCAAAGCCCCAGUGCGACGUCGCCAAGUAUCGACCCUCAGCAGCAGGAGCCCGCAGAGGCAAGCGUCGACAGCGGAGCCACAGGCGCUUCACCUUCCACACCGUCAAUGCCAGCCUCAGCUGGGGCAACGUUGUGGGCUACCUCCACGGCGCGGCACGCCAGCAGCUCACCGAGGGCAAAAUUCCGAUCAUCGGUUUCCAGGAGCACGGCAAGCGGCGUUUAUGGGCCGAAGAGAGCGCACGGGCCUUGCUGCCCUUGGGCUGGAGGGCCCUGCCCACGCCAGCGACGGACGGCCCGAAUGGAGGGGCCUCGGCGGGCGUCUUGCUGGCGAUACCUGCCUGCGUCGGCGUCGCUCUUGCAUCUGGACAGCGACACUGGGACAUAUCUCCCCCAGGUUGUGCAGGCAGGCUCCUGAUGGCCACCCUCGAGGCCAAGGGCAUCGGCAAGUUACUGGUUUUCUGUGCGUAUUGCUUCACUGGUCGGAAGUUGGCGUCUGUGGGCAAUUCAGCUCUCCUGUCAGUUAUCACGGGGUGGGCAGUCCAGCUCCAGCUGCCCUGGAUCGUCAUCGCGGACUGGGAGAAUCUACCUGACGCUUUGGAGCGUUCGCCGUGGAACAACCAGCUCAGAGGCCGCGUCGUAGCGUGGCAAGGGGAAGGGGGCACGCACGGUGAGCGCGUGAUCGAUUAUUUCUGGAUGCACUCCAGUUUGGCUGCCAAUAUUUCCCCAGCCCGCAUUGACGACGACGCGGUCUACCACCCUCAUAGAGCCACAUGGGUCGAGUUUCAGCAGCCUUGGUCGGCCUUUGCCUACACCAAGCUCAUCCGACCCCACAAGUUCCCGAUCCCAGGAGUCAAGCCGAGGCACUUCGAUCUCUCGUGCCCAGACGUGCCUGCAGGUUUCGACCCCGAUGCGGUGCCUACCCAGGAGCUCUUGGACGACACCUGGGAGGCUUUCUGCCACGCCGCCGAGGAGGAGCUGAUCCAGAAGGUGGGUUUGGACCCCAGCAGCCGGCAAGCCGAUCAAUGCCGAGGGCGUGGGGGACCACCGCGCUUCAGGAAGUGUCCGUUGCUCCCGACCCACACCGAGGCCAUCGCUUCGUACGGGGAGGCCAAGCGUUGGAGGUGGUUUGCCAACGAGUUGGCUUGGCUGGGCAUCAUUGAAGUAAAGCUUUUCAGCUACACGGGCGCUUCCGACCUGGUCCUCACCACGUUGCACCAGCAGCGGCACGCCUCCAUCCGCAAGUUGCGUGACCGCUUCAGGCACCACAUGCUGUUAGAAGGCGUGGCUGAGCUGCAGGAGUUCUUCGAGGUUUUCACGUCUCGGGACCGCGGCCAUGAAGGCUUGCAGGAGCUCUCGGCUUGGCGCCUCAGCUGCAGUCAGUAUGCCUCGUACUUGGAGUGGCAGAUCGGCAAGGAACGACGAUAUUCCUUCAAGCAGCGGUUGGAGGACGACUUCCCAGGCUCGCAGGGGCUCCUCCACAGGGUCACCAAGUGGCGCCAGGCUUGGCAGGCUCCCAAGGGCAGCAUCUCCAAGAAGCUGCUCCCAGCGGCGCCUCAGGCCGCCGUGGACCAGGAGUUGCACGACUGGUCGAAGGUCUGGACCACUGGCUCAGGUUUCCCCAAGCCGUGGAGGGGCCUCCAGCAAGUCGCCGUCACGCCGCCCAGCCCUCACCACCUGCGCGGUUUGGCCCAGCGUUUCAGGGCCAAGACGGGGAUUGGCGUGGACGGAUGGCAACCCAAGCUUUGGGCCUACCCCACGGACGGCACGCUCUCGGUGCUCGCGUCAUUGCUGGCCUGGUGCCAACAACUGGGGCGGUGGCCGUCCCAGGUCCACCUCCUGCUCGUUUUCAUCAUCGGGAAGCUCGAUGGAGGGGGCCGACCCAUCAUUCUUCUACCUGGCCCUUGCCGAAUCUGGGAGGCGUGGCAGCUGCCCACCAUCAGGAGCUGGCUGGCGGCGCACCCCAGGAGCUACGACUACACGGCGGCGGGCCAAUCAUCGGAGCGCGCGCUGUGGAAAGCUUUGUUGGACGACGAGCUCGUGUUGGGCACAGGCAUACGUGCGGCCACGAUGCUGGCGGACCUCGCCAAGUGUUAUGAGAAGGUUCCGCAUGAGCGUAUGUGGUGGCUAGCAGCUUGGUGGGACGGCCCGCUGGAGGUGGUCGCGCUCGCCCUGGCAAGUUUCGCCUUUGGCCGUGCCAUUCGUCUCGGGGAGGCCUGCUCGGCGGAGGUCCUGUCCUCCACAGCGCUCCCAGCGGGCAGCCGUUUCGCGCCCACCUUCCUGAGGUUCUACCUCACGCUGUGCUUAGACGACCUGCUGGGGGUUUUCCGCCUCACGAUCUACUUGUACGUUGAUGACAUCGCCCUGCGGGUCAUGUCCACCGAGGCGCGCGUCUUGCACAUGCUGCCGCAGGCCACGCGCUUGCUGUUUUGGAUGCUGGAGUCCUUCUUGGGCCUGGAGGUAGCCCGAGCGCGGGACGGGGCGAGAGGCAAGUGCUCUUUCCUGCAAACGGCCACUCCGUCUUCAGGCUUGACGCAGGCCAUGGCCGUCCUGGGAGUACCGCCCAGCACCUCCGAGCGGUGGCUCGGCAUCGACUACGGUCCCAGCGUCAAGACAGAGAACCAGUCAGCCCCAGUCAGACACGCGCGGCUCAAGAUAGCCAAGCAGCGUUGGCCUAAGAUCCGCGGCCUUCCUCGUGCACGCGGGGGCAAGCUCAAGAUGGUCGUGCGGCAGGGCCUCGGAGCCUCGGUCGCCUACGGCGCCCGUGUCCGCGGCACGCCCAGGCCCAUCGUGCGUUUCAUCCAGCAGAAGGAUCGGGCCGUCCGCAGGGGCGCCACAGCUUUUACCUCCCGAGUCUUGCACGACGGCCUCGACCCCAGUUGCGCCGACACCCUCGUUCUGGCACCGCUGCUGGCUUGGGCGAGGGAAGCUUGGGACCACCCAGAGGGGCGGCGUGCGCAGGCCACAGCAUGGGCCCGAGUGCAGCAACAGCUCGCGCUGUACAUGGACGCCGACGCUCAGGAGUUGUGGUCAGUGGUGCGCGGCCCAGCGGGGGCCACCUCAGUCACAGUUCGAGCCCAUGGUUGGAGCAUGCCGUCAGCCUUCGAGAUUGUCUUGCCUCCACGUGGCGGGGCGCUCCAAGGAGGGGGCGUCCAUCUUGAUCUACUGCAGAUUUGCCCCAAGUCGGUCGAGGCCGCCGUGCUUUUGGCCGCCCGUUCCAGAGCCCUGUACCAGUGGGCGGCGGCUCAGCCCGAGCGGGCUGCGCUCCUGCCAGCGCCGUGGCUCACCCCAGCGAGGCAGUUGGUCAAGCGGCGCAAGCAGGACGGGUGGCUGCAACACCAUGCCGACGCGGUCAAGAAGGCGGCGGACACUCCGUAUUGCCAGCUUUGCGACGACACGACCUGCUUCGGCACCCACCAGCACUAUUACUGGCGGUGCGGCAGCCCGACGUGUGCUACGGUGAGGGAGCAGCUGACGGCCCACGACGCGUCACCUACCUUCAGAGACGUCGGCCACCUGGGCGUGUCGGCCUCCUCGUCGGAAGCCUCAAGAUGGUUGUGGGAGCGGGGUUUGCGGCGAACCCCAUGUUACGGCUUGGCUUGGAGUCUACCGUCGCAGCGCACCCAUUGGAUCGUCAAUGGCGCGGCCCCCGAGCUCACCGAUGUGCUGGUUUCGGACGGAUCAGUCAAAGGCUUGGAUGACCUCAGGCACGGCGGCUGGGCGGCUUUGCAGUGCACAGCGGAGGCCGACGACGUGGUGCAGGGCCUGUACGGCCCACUGCCCUUUCCCGACCCCAGCUCGGUCCUGGCAGAGUUGUGGGGUCUCCUCCACGCCCUCAGGCAUUCGGUCUUCAUCACGGCCAUCAUCAUUGACAAUGCUCAGGUGGUCCAAGGCUUGGCUCGUGGCAGGGCAUGGUGUUGUUCAGCGGCCAGGCCCUAUGCGCACGUCUGGCUCGAGAUCUGGGAUCGCCUGGAUGACAUGGACAUCCUUCCUGGCAGAGAGUUGUCGGUCAUCAAAGUCGCCUCGCACAUAUCGCAGGCCAAACGCCUAGAGCUGCCAGAGGAGGUCCAGAUUCACAUGAGGCACAAUGACUUAGCCGACGAAUGGGCCAAGCAAGGAGCAGACCUCAGCGCGCCGCCAGAGUGGGCCACGUUGCAGGUCAAGCAGGAGCUCAAGGCCACCAAGCGCGUGCUCGAGUACAUCGGGCACUUCAGGGUCCUCCUCGACGGGGUCAAGUUGGCGGAGCCUAGGCACCCGCACGUUCUGGAAGUGUGCCGCGGUUAUUCCAAGUGCACCAACUGCGGCAAGGCGCCGCCGCUCGGCCUGUGCGACAGCGAGCAGACCAUGGAGAUCAGGACGGCCUCCUGGCACCAGUGGGUCUUCGAGCCCCUCUCCUCGGAUGACGACCAAGGAGGUGAUGCGGCAGGCCGCGCCGCCGAGGAAGCCCAUGGCUACGACGAUACCGACGAGUUCGCGGCCCUCAGCGCGCACAGCGACCUCGAGGUGGUGGAGGCAGACGGCAAGGCCACGCAGGCCACAGGCACCCAGGCGUCAGAGCGCGAGUCGUCGCUCAAUCCCGACCUCGCCCCCAGGGCACUCCAGCAACAGGAGGAGGGAGCUCCAGCGGGAGGGGCGAGGCGGGAGGGUGUUUUGCGGAUCCGCAGUGCGGCAGCCACUUGUUCCCAGGACGUGGACGACGGUGCUACGGCUGGCGCUGGGGCAGCUCCUGUUCCCACGGUGCCGCCUGCUGCUCAACCCGCUGGCGAGCCUGGAGCUGAUCAGGGCGAGUUGGCCAGCUCCCUGGACGUGGACGGCAAGGCUGCCACCCAGGCAGCGGCCGCUGUGUGCUCCGCCCCCUUGGCGGCACACCAAGCUCGUGCUGGCCAGGGCAGCCUGAAACACGGUGGUAAGGCCCCAAGGACUGGUUCCUCAGCAUCCUCGGCGGCGGCGGCGGGCUCUGGCCAGGGCGGCCUGGCACCGCUGGCGGGGUCCCCGCCGCCCUCGGCUGGGGCUGCGGCGGCCUCGGAGCCAGAGCGGGGUGCGCGCGGGCGGGCGGCCUCUGCCCAGCCCGCCAGGAGUGGCCAGGCGCUGCCUGCGACGGCCAGAGCCGCUUCAUCGGAGCCUCGGCCACAUACGGUCGAGAUCAUUGGCAACUUCGUGGUCUGCGUCGUGUGCGGUUCCUACUACAGCUCGGUGGCCAGGAACCUCGGCGGGCCGUGCAGGCGGCUGGACCCGCGCGACCCAGGCGACAAGGAGCGCCUCAG